UCCAAAAUUAGAACAACGUGCUGGUUUCGGAGUGUUUCGUGAACCGUUGUUUAUUGUUAACUGUCAAAAUACAUUUUUAAUGCAUAAUUUCGUAGUUAAAAACUCUUGCUAGAAAUGUCCGCAUAGUACAAAAUUUGAAUAAUAAAAUAUGAUUUUAUGGUUUAAAACAAUGUGUUCCUAUCCUAAAACCUGCAAAAAUUCGUAGGUAGGUACUUAAAUUUAGUAUUUUUAAUAGUUGCUACUUAACUUAAGCAACCUUGAGAAGUCUUCUCUACGUAUACCGCUAUGCACGAUUUUAUUAAUUGCAUUCUGCAUUGACCAAACGUUAGCUAAACAAAAAAGUCGACUGACGACACUCACUGACGUAAACCAAGAACCAAGUGAACAACGAACAACUGUGGGACCGUUACACAGACGAAAUGGAAUAAAUUUGUUGUAUCUCUCUUCAUCGUUAUCAAAUCAUAUUUACAAUAAAAUGUCAUGCACCAUUCAUAUUGAUAAUCCAGGUAUAUUUGGCCCUGGAGACAUAAUUACCGGAUCGGUAAAAUGUGUAUUUGAAGAAAAACUAAAUGUACGAGCUAUUAAAUGUAGAUUAAGAGGAAAAGAAAACACAUUGUGGAGUGAACAGAGGGGAAGAAACCAAGUCCGAUACUCAGGAGAACGUACUUUUUUAACUGGUGAAGUUUUAUUUGUUGGAGAAGAAGUUCCUGAAGAACUUGAUCCAGAAUUCGUACUGGAAUCGCCUGAAAAUGUUCACCAUAUUAGUUUUUCGUUACCGACCACUAACAUUUGUUCCUCUUACCAGCACAGAUAUGGUUCCAUUAGAUAUUACGUAUCAGCUAUCGUAGACAAACCAUUUUCGUUUGAUUACAGGGAUGAAAUAACGCUACAUAUCGCUGUUCCUAUAAAUUUUAACGACAUAAGACAUCAAAUACAAUUGGUACCAAUUACUUACCAAACGGACAAACAAACAGGGUGUUGUCUCUGUCUUAGCGAUUUUAUCACGUUGAAUAUGACUUUAGAAAAAGAUUGUUUUGUGCUAGGCGAAACAAUAAAAGUCAAAGUACAUGUAGAUAAUAAAUCUAAUGUGGAGAUAGAACAAAUAGAAGUAAAAAUUACAUCGACAAUCCAAUUUACCACACAAAGGCCGAGUGCAAGACAUAAAUUAGAUAAAACUCUAUUGUCGAUAGCGAAUGGUGAAGGAGUUGCUGCUAGAUCGGAGAAGAUUUUAGUAUUUGAUUUGAUCGUUCCACAAACUACUUUAAUACCUAGUUUUCAAGGAUGUGUCUUAUUUAAACAGUGGAGUACAAUUGGGGCAGAAGCUGUUCUUCCCGCGUUUCAUACAAACCUACCUCUUGAAGUUAAUAUAAAUAUAGGACAUAUUCCUUAUAUCACUACUGUAAGCUCGAUUGGUGAUCAUUUUGUUCCAGUGCCAGUAGCGCAAAGCCAUGAUGUUUAUCCACCUCAAAAUGUUGGUCCACCUUACCCAAUUAGGACACCUACUAGACGUCCCCCGGCGUUACUACUGCCUUCAGCACCUCACGAUCAAGCAAAUAGACCAACUGCACCAGUUCAUCUUGCAGAACAGGAAGAUGAUUUUAAUCCCAGAGUUCCAGCAUCACCGCCGCCAACUUAUGACGAAGCUUUGACAAUGAACCUUUCAAAAUCAAAGCGCUAUUAAUGUUUUUUUUUAUUAUUUUUAUAAUUUUUAUUAUUAUUAUUGCAUUUUUACUUAUUAGCUUUGUUCGCGGUAACAAUCCUGAACUGAUUCAGAAUUACUAAUUCAUACUUUGAGCGCAUGACCGAAUAAUUAUCAAUUCUGAAUUGUUACCGCGCGCGCAAUCCCUAUUAUAUCUCGGUGUUUCAGGUAUAGACAAGCGGUUCAAAACCAAUAAUUAUUUUACCGCGAACGCAGGAUAGAACCAAUAGUUCAGUUCUUUUUGUUCCGCAAACGCUUUUUAACUACUGCGCCUGCGAAAUCGUUACUGUUAGUAAUAAUUCGGUUCAGGAUUCUUACCGCGAACAAAGCUAAAUAUUAGGCUACCUCAUCUAAUUGUGCCUUUUUGAAAAUUGUAGACUUUACGAAAUGUUUAUACUAUACAAGGAUGUAUAUGUUGUUGCCCUGCAUAAUAGAAUCAUUUUCUAGCAAAACAUUUUUCAAAAAGCCAUUAGAAAUAACAGCUGAACAUUGCGAUGUUUUAAUUAGUUUUAAUAUAUUUUUUUAUUUGUUUAAAAUAUAUUGAAUUGUUAGGUAUUUUUUAAUGAAGAAUUACA